AUGAAUGCAUUUAGCGAUAUAAUUUCUUCAAUCAAUGCUUUAUAUAAGCUCAAUACAGCUGAUGAAGAGGUUCUCGAAAAGAUAUACCAAGAUUUAAAAUUCAAAGUAAUUGAAACAAAACAGCUUCCACCAGAUACUGUACUCGAAAUGAUAGGAAGAGUAGCAAAAUUCAGAAACCGCUAUAUCAAAUCAUACUGGUACAUUUUUCAAAAACUUGACUUAGAAUAUUUGAUAAAUACAGGAAAAAAUACUACAGAGCCUAUUAAACUAUUUCUUUACAAUGAUAGUACUAUAGAUGAGUUAGAUUUUCAUGAAGAAAACACAAUUUACAAGGCAAUUAUGGAUAAUAACGUGAAAUCAUUUGCAAGAUUCAUAGAAGAAGACGGAUUUGAUAAAGACAAAAAGCUUAUCCAUGAUUUAUAUCCAUAUGCAGACACAGGAUACACAAUACUUGAAUUAUGCUGUCAUCAUGGCGCUUUAGAUUGUUUCAGAUGUUUCAGAUCGAAAUUUGAUGUAGAAAUUACCAAAGAAUGCGUUGAACUUGCAUUCUUUAGUGAUAAUCCAGAAAUCUUGAAUGAAUGCUUUAAGUAUAUUAAACCAGAUGAAGAUACAAUGAAAUAUGCAAUUCUUUCACAUAACCUCGAUUUCGUGAUUUAUUUGAUGAAUAAUUUCAAUUUAGAAAUUGAUUUGGAUACCUGCACAGCAACAAUAAAUUACGAAGCUUUCUUCGUUUAUUUGGAUCAGACAAAAGAAAUCAAUAAAUGUCUUUUCUAUUCUCCUGGUUUUCAUAAUCCUUCAUUAUGCGAAUAUUUACUAAAUCAUGGUGCAGAUAUAAAUGCUCAAGUAGAAUUUGAAGCAACAGCUCUUAAUAGAGCAACUCAAAUCGAUUCAACUAUAAUUCUAGAAUAUCUUUUUUCUAAGGGCGCUGAUCUUACUCAUAAAGAUUAUGCCAAAAAAUCACUUAUUCAUUAUGCUGCUUAUUUUGAUAGUCCGAAUGUUGCAGAAAUUCUCAUUUCUAAGGGAGCAGAUCUCACUGAAAAAGAUGAUCAUGGAAACACUCCACUUCAUUAUGCUGUUUUAAAUAGCUGUGUUAACGUAAUGAAAAUUAUUCUUUCACAUGAGAUUGAUGUCAAUGCGAAAAAUAAUGAAGGAAAAACUCCUGUCCAUUAUGAAUCAUAUUGGAGUCGAAUGGAAAUAUUGGAUUUACUUCUUGCUCAUGGAGCUGAUAUAAAUGCUAAAGAUAACGAAGGAAGAACUGCUCUUCACGUAGCAGCCAUUAAAAACAAUUCAAAAGUUGCAGAAUACCUCAUCACACAUGGUGCAGACAUCAAUAUUUUGGAUAAUGAAAACAAGACUGCUAGGGUUGUUAAAAAUAUCAAAAAUUAG